CGAAGACUCCAAGAACGACACUGUGGUACGGGAACACCCGGGGCUUGGGACCCGCCCCGCCUCCCGCAAAGAGUCCAUGGAGAACGCGAACGCGACUCGGAGGCCUUGAGGACGGAGGCAGAGGGGGAGCCGAGAUUGACGGGCGAACCGGGAAGGGGCGACCUCGAGCUGGAGAGUUCCAUGGCUGAGAGUCGGCUCAGGGCUCCGGACCCGGGGGCUCAUCGAGGAGUUUCCAGCUGUCUGGGAAAGUGCCGGAAGAGUUUAUCUGGUGCUGGGAGGCAGCCCUUUUCUGGAAAAUCCUUUUACUUGGAUCUGCCUACUGGCAGGAAUCUCCAGUUUUUAACAGGGGCCAUCCAGCAGCUGGGAGGGGUAAUUGAGGGUUUUCUGAGCAAAGAAGUAAGUUACAUUGUGUCCAGCCGGAGAGAAGCAAAGACAGAGAGUAGCGAUUCAAGCCACAGAGGCUAUCCCAGCUCCAGUGAAGUUAGAAUGGAAACAUCCUCCAUGGCCAUUCCAAAAGGCAGCCAUGCCAGACCUUCACAGAAACCCGUAGACUCGGUUCCUCUGAGCAGAGGGAAGGAACUGCUGCAGAAGGCCAUCAAAAAUCAGGGGAGCAGCAGUGGAGGUGGCAGUGGGAGCAGCAGCAGCCUCCUGACCAAUGCCCGUUCCUGGGGAGUGAGGGUCCUGCAUGUGGAAGAAAUGAUGAUGCAUGUGCAGCAGCUGUCUCUCUGUUCUUUAUGUGUAAAGAAGCAAGAAGUAAAGAAGCCAGAGGGAACACGUCCAGGAGUGGAGUCAAGAACAUGGAAAGUGGCUAGAUUGAAGGCACCAUUCCUCAAAAUUGAAGAUGUGAACCAGAAGUUUCGUCCUUUCCACCAUCAGUUUAAAUCCUUUCCUGAAAUUUCUUUUCUGGGACCCAAAGAUGCAAGUCCAUUUGAGGCUCCAAUGACCCCAGACAGCUCACAUCAUACUAGAGGACUCAAGGACCAAGAGCCAAGCCUGCAGUCAGCUACACACACCUUACCUAGGAGGAAGAAAGGAUACUGCGAGUGUUGCCAGGAGACCUUUGUGGAGCUCCAUGUGCAUCUUCAGAGUGCCCAGCACCAAGGCUUUGCCCUUGGAGCUCAUUCAUAUGCAGAAGUAGACCAGAUCAUCACCCAGCUCAGCCAUACCUUUGCAGACAUUCCCUCCUGGGCCACCCUCCCCAGACAGUCAGGUUCCCCAGCUUCUGAUUGUGACCCACUCUGUCCUGAGACUGUGCCCCCCAGCCAGCUCUCCUAUCCCAGGGCAGCAUCUCCCAGAAUGAAGAAAGAAGAUAGUGGUCAAACCCCAGGUACUCCGGAGCAGGAUGGGACAGUGAACAGCAUAAAGACACCAGCUGAACCUGCAGGGACCAGUGAGGUAUCUGGACCAGUAGCAAGCUGCCAGGAGCCAAGGGCAUCAGUUGGUGUGUCUGUGAACCCCCCAGGAACACCAGUGUCUGGGAGCCCUGCUAACCAGUGCCUCGUGACCAGCUCUGGUUUUGUGGACCUCUCCCCUGGCCCAGACCUGGCACUUGCUGGCCACAAGCGGAAGGUUCAGUUCCCCAGUGGCAAUGCUGAGAAGAGACCAGGGGCCUCCUGGUCACAUGCCUCAUUUUUUGUCCCAAGAGUCACCAGCCCUUGUGGUGCUAGAACAACUGGUAGCAGGCAUCUUCUCUCCCUUCCCCUUCUGGUCAAUGAAUCCAGGUCCCUAGCCUCCCUCCUGCCCUUGUGCCACCCACAGACCUGCCUCUCCCUUCCAGGCUCCUUCCCCUGCCAAUACUCAGACAGACCAGCAGAGCUCUGGGCUACACAGCCCCCCUGGCCUGGGGGAGGAUGGCUCCCAGAAUCAGAGGAUUCUAAGUGUGCAGCCCCUGGCUUUGUUUCCUAGCGUGAUGACGGACUUUCCAGCUGCCCCACGGCCCCAGGCCGGCUGUCAGC